AUGCACAAAACGAGUAGGAUGGCUUUUCUACCUAUCAGGCCAACCUCCAAGAGGGAUCUGUGCAUCAUCGCAGCAGUCUUUGUCACUGUUGUGUUAUUCCUGCAUAACCCAUUUCCAGACCAUAUCCCACGGCCGGGUGGCACAGCUUCAAAAGUCUCGUCAACUGGUUUGAUGAGCGCGAUCCAAAACAGCACAUUAGGCUUUGAAAAGAUUUUCGUCGUCGGCCUUCCAAGCCGGACAGAUCGCAGAGAUGGCAUGAUUCUGCAAGCUGCGCUGAGUGAGAUUGAAAUCAAUUUUGUGGAUGGUGUGCCUGGCAACACCGUAGUCGACAAGGCGAUACCAAAAAUGAGCGAGCACGAUCGCUUGCAUGAUGGCGCCAUAGGCUGUUGGCGUGGCCACAUGACUGCGCUCGAGGAAAUCGUCCGUCAUAACCUAUCUUCAGCUCUUAUUCUCGAAGACGAUGUCGACUGGGACAUCAGAAUCAGAAAGCAGUUGCACGACUUUGCUCUCUCAGCUCAAACCCUGACUCAGCCCCUUCCCGAUGGACCUGCAACUUAUGCGGACCCAACAUACCCGAGGCCGGUCGAGAACUCGCCAGAGGUGGUUCCGGAUAUUCCUUUUGAUUAUCUUCCAGCUACUGUGGCACCAAAAACAUCACCGUACGGAGACGACUGGGACCUGCUCUGGAUCGGCCACUGCGGAAUGCACUUCCCAUUCCGAGACAAUAAGAGUAUACCUAAAGCUCGCAUCAUCCGCUCCAAUGACGUAACUGUCGCUCCCAAGAAGAACCUAUGGACGUUCAACAUCCCAUUCACUUUGAAAGAGACGUAUCCGGAGCAUACGCGGGCAUAUCACCAUGCUCAAGAGGGCGUUUGCACACUAGGAUAUGCGAUUAGCCAAAGGGGAGCGAGGAAGCUCCUGCAUGAGGUGGCUUUGAAGGAUGUCAGCGAUGCGUACGAUAUUCUCUUGAGGUUCUUUUGCGAGGGCGCCAAGGGCCGAAAACCACACAACUGCUUGACGACACAGCCAGCGCUAUUCCACCAUCACCGACCGGCCGGCCCCAACAGUGCGAUGAGCGACAUUGGGAACCACGGUGAUGGCUUUAGAGAGGUCAGCAUGACCGACAUGGUGAGAUGGAGUGUGCGAUUGAAUGCUGAUGCGCUUCUCGAAGGGAGGACGGAUUUUGUUGACCAAUAUCCUGACGAUAAAUGA